GUGAGAGAAAAAAAGAAAGAGCAGAGAAGGAUUGUCAUUGGCUGGUGUGCAUGCUUUAGUCUGAGCUUUAGUGUUUCAUAGAGGUAGAGGGCGGGCCUGCUGAGCUCCGCUCCCGCCUCCUUCAUCUGGUUCUAUUUAAGGCCUCCAGUGUCGACUUGUAUGAUUGGCGUACGUUACUCCCCGCCCCCCCACUCCUCUUUCUCCAACUCCGGCCCCCCGACCAGAGAGAAGGAGGCUUUCAGCAGACUGUUUAUUUUCCAGAGGAAACCGUUUCUCUUUGCCUCUGCACUGUCCAGUCCACAACUGGGUCACUAGUUCCACUCCUCCUCUUCCAUAUCAACCGCUCGCUUUCCUUCUUUCCUUUCCUCUCCCUCCUCUUUCUGUUCUUAUGUUCACUGUCCUCUUGUCCACUUCUUUCUCUUUUAUUGACUUCGCCUUCUCCUCGUCGCAACUGUUGUUGGACUAUACACGGACGCAGGGGCCCCUCGACAUUACCAGAUGGGAUCUUCUUCCGAGCCAAGCGCCUGAUGCAUUGCGUUGUGGAGAGAGGCCUUUUCUCUUCCUCCUCCUCCUCCUCCUCCUCCUCCUCCUCCUCCUCCUCCUCCUCCUCCUCCUCCUCCUCCUCCUCCUCAGGUCCCUGGGUCUCCCUGGUCGCCCCUUGAUGUUGGGCUGGAGAUAGGGAGGAGGGACACCUCUCUGGGGCCAGACGGGACUCGGCGGGCGGAGAUGUGCUGAGUGCCUCUCUGUCACUGGCCGAGGAGCCCCCCAGUGGUCGACAGGGCCGAUGGCACAGCGGCCGGCGCCCGUCGCGGGCCGCCCUCGGGGGUCCGUGUCCGGCAGCUGGCUGACGGCGUGCUUCUUUCCGUCCACGCCAGGUCUGGACGCGUCCGACCCCAUGCUGCUGGAGCAGUACGUGGUGGUGGCCGGCUACGAGAAGCAGGAGCCGGCCGAGAUCAGCCUGCAGGCCGGGGAGGUGGUGGACGUCAUCGAGAAGAGCGAGAGUGGCUGGUGGUUUGUGAGCACCGCAGAGGAGCAGGGCUGGGUCCCCGCCACGUAUCUGAACUCCCACAGCGGAACCCGAGACGACCUCGACCUAGGGGCCUCCAAGGCUGGGGAAGAGGAGAGCUAUGUCACAGUACAGCCCUACACCAGCGAGGGCAAGGACGAGAUCGCCUUCGAGAAGGGAGUGAUCGUGGAGGUCAUCCAGAAGAACCUGGAGGGAUGGUGGUUUAUCAGGUACCAGGAUAAGGAAGGCUGGGCCCCGGCCUCCUACCUGAAAAAGGUGAAGGAAGACUUCACCUCUCAGCGCAAGAAGUCGACGGCGAGCCCCGUCGAGAUCAUCGGCAACAUCAUGGAGAUCAGCAACCUCCUGAACAACAAGAAGCCGCUGAGCGAGAAGGACACCGUGCCGCCGCCCUCCCUCCCUGAGGAGAGCCCCAUGUUGGCGCGGAGGCAGAUCAGCCUGCCACUGCCCUGCACGGAGCCCGUUGCCAAUGUGACAGGUGUCACCGCCACCACCGCAUGCCCCACCAUGCCACCCCCGCCGUUGCUGGAGGCUAAAAGCAAGGCGGAGCCGUCCUCGCCCCCUCAACCCGCCUCACCGGCCGUCGCGCGCAUCGCCCCUCAUCGGGUGGAGAUCGGAUCUCCAGUUCUGAGGCAAAAACCUCCUCCUCGAAGAGACACAACUCUGGGAUUUCAAUUGCCAUGCCCUCCAGAGCCCCCUACAGUCGAAGCCGAGUACUAUACCAUUGCGGAAUUCCAGUCAUGUAUAUCAGAUGGUAUAAGCUUCAAUGGGGGACAGAAAGCAGAGGUUAUUGAGAAGAACUCUGGUGGGUGGUGGUAUGUGCAGAUAGGAGAGCGUGAAGGCUGGGCUCCUUGCUCCUACAUCGACAAGCGCAAGAAGCCUAACCUGAACCGCCGCACCAGCACACUGACCCGGCCCAAAGUCCCGCCCCCGGCCCCGCCCGUUAAGAAGCAGGACUCUGUGGAGACCCCCGGCAGCCCUGGGUCGGAGGCCCCAGAGUCCCCGGUCUCGGCAGGACGGCCCGUCUACGAAGAGCCAGAAUACGACGUCCCCGCCAUCGGCGACCUGGACAUGGAGUCUGAGUUUGAGUUCCUGCGGGGUGGUGGGUCGCUGGUGGACUGUAAGAGCGAGGACCUGAACCAGUCGUCUUCCAAACCCAGUCCGGCGUCCUCGCCGCACAGCUCCUCGUCCAAGCUGGGCGAGUCUUUUGAGGACUGUAACGACGCAGACGGCGACGGAGAGUGCAUCUACGAGAAUGAGGGCUUCAGGCCGUUCCGGAGAGAGACCCCGGAGAGACAGUGCAGCAGGGAGCCCGCCAAGAGCCCUCCGCCCGUCGUCGCCGUGGACACUGCCCGAUCGGCGUGCUCCAGCAAACCCCCGGGCAAGGCCCCCCCCACCGUGAACAAGCUCAAGAUCGACCUGAACAACAGCCUCUCAUUUUCAGCCAAAGCUGAGGAGUCACCCAGCAGCCCUAAAUCCCCUUCCUCCGGAUCCACCCCAGACCUCUCCCAGCAGUCCAGACCCCCAAGAGACCAGGAGGACCAGAGUAAGUCUGGUUCAUCCGGCAAGUGGGCCUGCAAACCAAAGCCGGUGGUGAGGCCUAAACCUCACCUCGCCAAGGCCUCCAGCGCCGACAAGAUGGACAUCAGCACCCUGAGGAGACAGCUGCGCCCCACGGGGCAGCUCAAAAACGGCUGCAAGGCCUCCAAGGGAGAGGACUCCGAGACGGCGUCGGUCAUCUCCUCUGAGGACUCCUUCUCCUCCCAGAGCACCUCGGACCUCUCGUCCACCCACUCCAAGAGCAGCCGCGGGGGGGACUUCGAGCCGGAGGGCUGCUCCGCCAGCGGCAGCCGGUACCGCACCACCGACCCGUACGAGAAGGUCCAGGACACGGAGAUCAGCUUCCCGGCCGGGGCGGAGGUGGAGGUGGUGGAGAAGCAGGAGAGCGGCUGGUGGUACGUCCGCUUGGGCGACGCCGAGGGCUGGGCGCCCACCUACUACCUGGAGCCCGUCGGGGCGCAGGACGACGCGGCCGGCUCCGAGUCGGACGGCGGCCCGUCCACCAAGUCCCCGGGCAGCAUCAGCAAGUCCAACAGCCUGGAGAAGAACGAGCAGCGCGUGCAGGCACUCAACAACAUCAACCAGAGCCUCAAGCGCGCCACCCCCCCCAUCCCCAGCAAGCCCCCCGGCGGCUUCUCCAAGCCCGGCGGCUUCUUCAACGGCUUCUCUGCUUUCAAGCACCAGAGCGGCGGAGGCGGCACCAAGCAGCAGCAGGUGGUACGGCCUCAGUCCGUCUACAUCUCGGCGCCCAUGGCCCUUUUAACGGACGUGCCGGGCGGCGCCCACCUCUCGGGCAGCCCGCGACUGCGCCGCAACGAGUCCCUCAGCGCGGCCGACCCGCCGCGCUCCAGCCCGACGGUGAGGCGCCACGCCUCCUUCGGACCCGUGCCGACACACAGCGCCAGUUCCGUGGCAAAGACGACCAUGCCCGGCAGGAACCGAUCGGGCACGGGCAGCGCCGAGUCCCUGGGCCAGAAGAACGCGACGUCGUCCCCCUCCACCAUCCCCGUGUCCACGGUGAGACCCAAGCCCCACAUCAUCCACAACAACCUGCAGCGGGAGUUGUACCUCUCCAUCGCCGAUUACCACGGUGACGAGGAGACCAUGGGCUUCCCGGAGGGCACCAGUCUGGAGGUGUUGGAGCGGAACCCCAACGGGUGGUGGUACUGCAAGGUGCUGGACAGUGGCCGACCCCGGAAAGGGUGGGUGCCUUCCAAUUACCUCGAGAAAAAACACUAGUUUCCCCCCCCCCCCUCUCACAGUGUGGAGAGAUGGCGACACAUCUGUACAUGCUUGUAAAAAAACGUUUACACAGAGACUUUAUUUUGUCAGUUAUAAAGAACUGAACAUCUGCCGAGAUUUGGAAACUUAACAGGUACAUCCUCUCAUCAGGCUUUAAGACCAAAUCAUGACAAGAAAUCAUGAUCAAGACUUCUUCAAAUAAAAAAAAGCAUUGGCUUUACUUUGCUCUUCUUCAAUUGUUACAUGCAACAUGAAAGACUGAAUUUAAAUUCAUGUGUUCAAUUUAUUAACAUUCUGGUUAAUAUUGUUUUAUAUUUUUACAUUUUCAAGCAUAUAAAGUUAUGCAUGUUUAAAAUGCUUUCAGUAUAUUGACAAUGCCAAAGGCUGGUAAGCUUUUCUACUUUUCGAUUGAUGAAGAAAACAACCAAAAACGAUGUUUGCGAACCCUCUGUCACCGUCGUAUUGUUUUGUUGCAUGGCUUGUUUCUUAUUUUGAUAUUUUACCCAUUUCAUGCUCUUAAAGUAUUACUUUGUCUAAUAAGAAAAAAGUAUUGUCUUUCUUAUUUAAACAUGUACCACCAAAUCUCUGAUGCAAUCCAAAUAACCCCUCGUUAAUAAUUUCAUUUUUAUGGUGCGAUUUUAGCAAUUGAUGACAUUUUUAUUACCUCCCUUUUUUAAACAGCUGACAAUAUUUAUGAACACUUUGUAAAAUAAACAAUAAAGAAAAAGGAUUUUAGUGGUAUGAACAACUACCUUGUGCCGGGAUAGGAGUCUCAUUAUUUUAUGAAGUCAUUUGAGGCCAAAUUGUAAAUUAAAAAAAUAAUGAAUCAAGCAUAAUCUCGAUUGCCUUUUCAGUUUCUGCUGGGCAGUAAAAUUGACUUCAGCUUUAAGUUACAGACGCUCAUUAAUGUUUUAUAAUAACUGUGAACAACGAUGAUAACCGUGCCAAAUUAAGUAAAUAAAUGCACUUCAAUGCACAUAA